CGGCCAUUUCGAUACCAUCAUGCCAGGAAUCAUGAGAUCAUUCACAAGCUGUCAAGCUACAGACAUGGACUGGUUGUUUUGGUUUUCUCUCCUGCUCACCCACCUGCUAGUAACAGAGAGCAUGGGAAUAGCAGAAGGCUGCUUAACACAGCCAGUGAAGGAGAUCUGGAAGAAAGCUGGACAAGAUGCUUGUGUGCCUUGUAAUGUCAGUUUACACUGCUCAGCCACAGGCUUGCAUUAUGAGUGGUUCGUUUUCAAAGAAACCUCCCAUCUUCAUCUCAACCUGCGGAAUACUGACAAAUAUUCCCUGGACGGAGCAUUUUUAAACAUCAGGUUACUCAAUGCUAAUGACAGUGGGAUCUACCACUGUGCUGCAGUAUGGCCUGGACAACCAGCAAACGGCACACAGCAUGUAGGGGUGGGCACAACUCUUAUAGUGAAAGGAGAAAUUAAAACAACGGCAAGGCACAUUCUUCUGUUGUUAUCAUUUGUCCUCUUGGUCAUCUACAGCAUGGCAGUAGUGGCACUUAUCAUUUUAAAGUAUGGCUGCAAUAUGAGCUUCCGCAAAAGGAUGUGCAAAACUGGCAAGAUUAAUCACGGAAGUAAAAAAACACAAUUUCGAGAUGUGCUGCGAGAAAUGAACAACAGAAGGAAUCAGGAGAGAGACAAACAAACUGCAGUCAGAAACCAUUCUCAAGUGGAGGCUUCAAGUCCUGAAGUGAACAGCUCAACUGAUGACAUCUAUCAAAAUGUCUAAGUGUCGGAAAAGGAUAUUAAAUGAUAGAGCCGGGCCUCCAUUGUCUGGAUUGAGAGGAAAUUCCAAAGCCAUGAAACACCUGACAAAAGGACACUCGUGACUGUGGAAAUGAACAUAAACGCAGAGGAUGCUAGUCAGUUGUGUGCUUGCUCACCUUUUCUCAUGAAGUGAGAUAUAAAUACCAGAACAUAGGUGCUGAGUCACUAUUCCUUCUCUUUUUCAGCUUCAGCAGUGAUCUUAUGGCAUUUGUAAGCCUACCUACAUUCUGUUGAUUCAGAAACCAGGUCAGUGUAUACCUGGAAAAAUGAGAACAUCCAAUUCGUGAUGUAGCUGAGUCACAUUUAAUUUAAACGCAGUAUUUUGCAGAUUUUAAUGCAGAAACCUCCUCCAUAUAUUUAGGAUAAUAAGCCCUUUGAUAGAAAAACAAUAUUUAUGAAUGGUGCUUUCAGGAAUAGAGAGUAAAAAGUAGCCAGCGUAAUUUAAAUUUUCAGUAUACACAGAUCAUGUUGGCAUCACGUCGUUGUCAGGACAAACUUCACCAGCAGGGAUUACAGUAUGCUUCGCUUUGAGGGUUCAAGCUGCCGUUUAAAAAUAGCACUUUACAUCAAAAUGAUUUAAAUUAAUCCACUCCUUGACACAUAAGGAAAUGGCAAACUUGCAAACAUGUAAAAAUAUAAGUCAUAUUCAGGUUGUAGUUGUGUAGAAAUACAUUUAAUCAAAAAAAAAAAAAGAUUCAAGAUGUAAUUUGACUAUAGAAAGUUGAUCAUGACAAAAAAGGCACAUUGAAGAUUACUGUAUAUUUAAUGCAGCCAAUAAUACACUAUAUUGAAGGAAAGGGGAAAGGAAAAGGUAUCAUUUUUGCUGUUAUAUUGGUUCUUACUCUAAAAGAAUCACUUGUCAACUUCUGAUAUGUUUUUGAGGCAUCAUCCUGAGACAUUCUGCUCGGUGACUGUCAUCUGUUUUUGUCUAUUGCAAAUGCCCACAGAAAGAAUGCAGAUCCCUCCAGCUAAUAUUAGAAUUUAGUUAUAUGUUACUCAAAAGGACAACAUAAAUGCUGAUAUGUACAUAUACUCUUUUGUUUUUUCACAAAUUAAAAGCUGUGAUUUGAACCUC